AUGAGUUCACAAAGCUCAGUCUUCCAGCUAAGCGGCACAUGCAACAACUACGACUGGGGCAAAAAGGGCCGCGACUCCCUCGCUGCGCGCCUCUGCGAAAACACCCCCAACGGCUUCACGACAAAAUAUGACAAAGCCUACUCAGAGAUGUGGUUCGGCGACUACCCCGAUUUUCCCGCCCGCGUUCUCGAGACCGGCGAGCUUCUCAAGGACGUCCUGGACAAGAACAAGGAACAACUCCUCGGCCAAAAAGUCAUCACGGAGCUCGACGGCCAGCUGCCCUACCUCCCCAAGAUUCUCUCCAUCGCAAAAGCACUACCCCUCCAGAUCCACCCAAACAAGUCACUCGCAAGCAAACUCCACGAGCAGGACCCCGAAAACUUCACCGACGCCAACCACAAGCCCGAGAUCGCCGUGGCGCUGGGCCCGUUUGAGGUAUUUGCCGGGUUCAAGCCCCUGUACCAGAUCUCGCCCGUCUUCAACAUCCCCGCCCUGCGCGACCUGAUCCCCGACGGGACGACCAGGUGGACCGACGAGACGCUGCGG